CUAGUCGCAGUGUCAGCUGCUACUGUCUACUUUGCAGAGGGGCUUACCGAAAAACAACACACUACUUUGGCCCUCGGUGACGUGUGUAGUCCCACCAUCAAUUUGCCAAACGAGGGUUCAGGGGCCCGUCAGCUGGUCGGAGCAUGCGCAUGUCGUAGGUGAGCUAGGGUUUACCCCCGGUACAAACCUGCCUAACUGGCACUUUCACUGUGGGUAACGCUUGCAACGUGACGCGUCGCACAAAUCCUAAAAAUCGUUACUAAACUGACUGCGAAAAGAACAUUGUAUAGAUGUAGAAUCAUCUGACCAUGGAGCUAUUAAAAUUUUCUUGAGUAGUAGUGAAGAGAGUAUGUACAGUUAAUGAUAAAGCCAACAAUGAACCAAAUUCUGAAGGAUAGAUGUGUAUCCCCAAUCCAUCCAUUUUCCCAGCGCCAGCGUGGUUCUUCAGGGAGAUGGAUGAUGUAGAUAACGCGUACCGUAAGAACUGCCUGGCGACCCCACAAGACGUUUGCUUGUGACUGGCAUCUUCGUCAUUUCCGAGGAGAGCUAAGUACCUGUAAUGCCAGUUGAACGAUAAGUGGAAUACCGGAAAUGUAACUUCUAUUGUUUACUGUCAGACGAUUCGUGGAUUUUUACCUGGAUUCAUUAUUGCGGCAUCUGACCAGCGAUGACUUGGGCGCGGGGUCUUGGAGUACUUUCUACUAGUAACCGGGACAGCCGGUCGCCCAUCGUUAAACUUGAGAAGGGGGUAGCAUGGGACAGCCAAGACAAGGAUGGAAGGCUGCCCACCCCAGAACCGCCAGGAGAUUAUGUUUACGAAGAACUGCUUACAAGAACAAGUUGGUGCAAUGCAGAAUAUGCCUACCGAGAGAUAGAGCGGGGCCGGGCACAAGGCAACAAGGCCGCGCUGUGGUUGCGAGCCAGGCUGCAAGCUCUGCUCUUCUACCUGGGCUGCACCAUCCAGCUACACUGCGGGAAGACACUCUUCCUGGGAAUUAUCAUCAUGGGUGCCUUUGCUGUCGGUCUCAAGCAGGCCCGAAUCGAAACAAAUGUAGAAAAACUCUGGGUGGAAGUUGGUGGAAGAUUAGAGCAAGAGCUGGAUUAUACAACCAAAACAUUGGGCGAAGGUUGGGGCACCACCAAUCAGAUCAUCAUCCAAACGCCCAAGGAGAAUGGAGGCAAUGUACUGACGCAAGAAGCCCUGCUGCAACAUGUGCGAUCCUCGUUAUUAGCAACUCAAGUGCAAGUCGAGAUGUAUGGCCAAACUUGGAGCUUCAAAGAUGUUUGUCACAUUACCGAAUUUCCAGCAUUUGAAGAUAACAUUGUAGAUCAGAUCAUUAGUCAAUUAAUACCUUGUACAAUAAUAACACCGUUAGAUUGUUUUUGGGAGGGAUCCCGCUUGCUUGGCCCAGAGAAUCCUGUACAUAUUCCCUUUUAUAAUGAUACAUUGAGAUGGAAGACACUGGACCCCAUAGACUUGUUGGACCAUUUUGCCGACUAUGAAGCAUUUAUCGCACCCGAGUCAUUAAGAGAUAUAUUUAAUAGGACGGGGAUUGGCCAUGCCUACCAAACCAGGCCCUGUCUCAAUCCCAAGGAUCCAGAGUGCCCAAACACAGCGCCCAAUAAGAAGAGUGGGCAGGUGCCUGACAUUGCCGCUGAGCUGACUGGUGGUUGUACUGGCUUCGCAAGUGCCUUCAUGGUCUGGCCGGAGGAGCUGAUUGUGGGCGGGGUAACAAAGAAUGCCAGCAACCAAAUCAAGAGUGCUGAGGCACUCCAGAGCAUCAUACAACUCAAGGGCCAGAAGAUGAUGUACGAGGCCUGGAAAGGCAACUACAAGGUGGAUGAGAUUCGGUGGACGGCAGAGAAGGCUGGUGCCAUCGUCGAAGAGUGGCAGCGCAAGUUCACACAGGAGGUUCGCAACAGCUCUGUCCUGAACUCCCAAGAUGUGAAUGCCUUCACCUCCGCCUCACUGGACGACUUGCUGCAGGAGUUCUCUGAGCUCAGCGUAGUCAGAGUGGCCAUGGGAUAUGUCUUCAUGGUGAUCUAUGCUUUCUUCACCAUGAUGAAACUUGGUGACAGUGUUCGGUCUCAGGGUGGGGUUGGUCUGUCAGGGGUUCUGCUAGUGGCCUUCUCUGUGGUGGCUAGCUUAGGCUUCUGUGCCUGGAUUGGGCUUACAUUCAAUGCAUCCACAACUCAGGUCCUCCCCUUUCUUGCGCUGGGGGUAGGCGUCGAUGACAUGUUUCUGCUGGCACACUCUUCUACCUCAGUUCCCAGUGAAGUUCCACUUGUGUAUAAAACGGGUGAGAUUUUGCGUCGCUCUGGUGUCAGUGUCCUCCUGACGUCCCUCAACAACAUGUGUGCCUUUCUCCUAGCAGCUGUUAUCCCUAUACCCGCUCUGCGGUCCCUCUCACUUCAAUUUGCAAUAGUAAUAGUAUUCAACUUCCUGGCCAUCGUGCUAGUUUUCCCAGCCAUCCUGGCAUUAGACAUCAAGAGACGAGAUGCCAAACGGGUAGAUAUCUUCUGCUGUUUAACGAGCAACAGUCCAAGUGCAAAUAGGGUCAUCCGGGUCCAGCCCAGGCCGGCUGUCACCAGACCACCACUGCCACGGCAGACGGAGGUGCGGCUGCAGUCUACGGUGCAAGCUGUCACACAGACAACGAGGACUACAGGGGCUGCUGGUCAGGGUGAGCGCCCCUACGUGACGGUGGUACACUCAUCACCGGUCGCAGCCACCACCGAAGGCAUCACACCGGUGGUAGAAACACCCCCCUCCACGGCCCCUUCCACUGCCUCCACCAGGACGCUGAUCCGGCAGGACUCGCUAGAGCGGGAGCGCCCUAGUCUGAGGGAGAGGUGCCGCAAGGCUGCUUGCUGGAGAUGGAGCUUGUCUGGAUUUGCUCGAGGAUACUAUGCACCCUUCCUGCAAAAGUUACAAGUGAAGGUUGGUGUGCUCGUAUUCUUUGCAUGCUUGCUGGGGCUCAGCAUUUACGGUGUGACUCAAAUCGAGGACGGACUGGAAAUCACGGACAUAGUCCCCAGAGGGACCCGUGAGGAGGCCUUUCUGGAGGCCCAAAUGAAGUAUUUCAGCUUUUAUAACAUGUAUGGCGUGACGCAGGAAGACUUCGACUAUGCGCACCGGCAGCGGUUACUCCAUGCCUACCACUCGGAGUUUCGCAACAUUGAACAGGUGAUCCGAGAGCCGGACGGUUCCCUGCCCUCAUUCUGGUUGAUCACCUUCAGGGAUUGGCUACUUGAAAUGCAGAGGGAGUUUGACAGGGACAAGAAAGGCAAUGCCAUCAUCAGAAACAACUGGUACAACAAUGCGUCUGAGAAGGGAGUGCUAGCUUACAAAAUGCUGAUACAGACGGGCAUACCAGAGAGGCCCAUUGACUUCAACAGGUUUCUUACAGAGCGUCUUGUGGAUGACCACGGUGUCAUAAAUCCUGAUGGAUUCUAUAACUACUUAACCGUCUGGUGCAACUAUGAUACAUGGUCCUAUUCUGCCUCCCAAGCAAUGCUGCAUCCUGCCCCUGCUCAGUGGACACCAGGCGGCAAAACAGACAGGGACGUCACAAUUCCUCGAUCCAGCACCCUGAACUACACCCAGCUGCCCUUCUAUCUGAACAACCUCCGCAAAACCCAAGAUUUCAUCAGUGUGGUCAGAAAUGUGCGCAACCUCUCGGAGUACUUUGUGGAGCAAGGCCUGCCCAACUACCCCAUGGGCGUGCCCUUCACGUUCUGGGAGCAGUACUUGGACCUGAGGUUCUACCUAGCCCUCUCCCUGCUCAGCGUACUAGGGGCCAGCUUCCUGGUUUUGGCCAUCCUGCUGGCUAAUCCAUGGGCUGCUCUCAUACUGGUGUGCAUUCUUGGGAUGAUCACCACGGAAUUGUUUGGUUUCAUGGGGUUGCUUGGGAUCAAACUCAGCGCCAUUCCAGCGGUGACUCUCAUCAUAUCGGUUGGCCUUGGAGUGGAGUUUACGCUGCACACCUGCUAUGCCUACCUGACGACGAUCGGUGAUCGUAACCAGCGUGUUACUGUGGCGUUGGAGCACACAUUCUCGCCUGUCGUUGAUGGGGCAGUUUCUACCCUACUUGGUGUUGUCAUGCUAGCUGGCUCCGAGUUUGAUUUCAUUGUCAGUUAUUUCUUCUACGUCUUCACUGCUCUCGUCGUCAUUGGCGCCCUGAAUGGAUUGGUCCUACUACCCGUCAUCCUGUCUCUGGUUGGGCCCCCGGCAGAGGUCCGACCACCUAACAAUGCUACCAGGCUGACCACGCCCACACCACCUCCGACCCCACCCAUUGAGAGGAGUGGGAUGGCCAUGCAGGGCCAGCAGCACAGACCCAGUCGACGGCGAGGCUGGGAGGGGACAGAAUUCGGUGGCUCAGUAUCGUCCAUGGGUGACAGUGCCACCUAUAGAGGAUACGGUGGCGAGCAAAUUGAGGUGCAUCCGCCAGAGGUGGUGGUGCAAACAUUUGCACGUGAACCACAAAGGCAAGAGUGGAAGCCACAGCGACCGCACCAUCAGUGGCCGCGCUCGCCCAGGAUUCACCACCCCAACAUGCCCCACUACACCUCCUCCUCUUCCUCCUCGCCAAGCCCCUCCCCCCAGAUGCCGCACCAUGUCACUACGGUGACGGCUACAGCCAAAGUCUCCAUCCUGCACCCCGUGUGCGGUGGCGGUGUAGGGUGUGGAGACCGGACGGACAGCUACAAGUACCACAAGAGGCGGAGAGACUGGGAGAAGGGGGGCGGUACCAACAAGAUGAGGGAGAUCCAAGACAAAGGAGAGAGGGAUGACGGUAGCUCUGACUCUCAAGUGUAAAUAAUAAGUUAUUUUCAUGGCCAGUUUUAUGAACACAGCUUGCGAGGAGGGUACAUCAGGGGAAAGACUUGACCCAGGCAUGUCAACUUUUGACACCCUGACCCACUUGACUCCACCCAACACUGCCAAGGUGCUAGCAGCAGCAACACCCUGUACAGAUUAUGUUUUACGUAACUUUGGAGUGUAAAGAUUCUAUGAAUAUUUAUUUAUGCUAAUAAGGCAAGUUAACCUUAUGUGUAUCGUAUUAAUAAUGGAAAAAGAAACCCACACGACAGUGGAGGCGUUUUUUUGUGUGUAUAUUAAAAAGCAAUUUUGUAUGUAAUGGCACACCAGUCAUGCUGGCCAAAACUGCCGUCUUUACUGUGAUUGGCAUCCUCGUUUUAUAUAUAUAUAAAAACAAACUAUAAAUACACAAAUUAUGUGUUUUUUGAGAUGGAUGUUUGUUUUAUAAUUAUUAUAUUAUUUUAUAAGACUCAGUAACUUUUUGCCAAGUUGUAAUUAAGAAACAUUGUAUAGGAUUGUUAUUGUAUAUACUGAAGCCAUGGCUGGGACUAGAGGAUUUUUUUAUUUGUAUUCCUGGAUAGUCCAGGCAUUGUGAUUUUUAUAUCUUGUAAAAGAUGUCAUGGAGGAAGUGCUUCAGCUUUUUAUCCACUGUGAUUGUUAAAUGGACGAACACCUGUCACGGCAUGUUGGAUGCAUUUGAUUAGAAUACGCGUCGUAAGGCCCUCAGUGUGGCCGAAUUGCUGAGAUGAUUGUUUUUGUAAUACCUGACGUGACACAUGCCUUGUUGGACUGCCCCACAACUUGUCGGAAGAACUCAUUUCUUGAAAAAAAAUUAGUGUGUGGAAGACUCACAUUUAAUUAAUUCCUGCUUGAGGGUUAGUUGGGUUUCAUAGAAGUUUGAACCAAAUCACACUGAAUUAUUUAUCUGAGUAAUAUGGAGCGUUGUCUUGUUUUUGUAAUUUAUAUCCUACCUCCUACUUAAAAUGGGUUGGUCUGGCCAACAUUUGGCCUGGGAAUGAGAAGUGGCCCCAAGGAAUGGACCAUUACCACAUGGGGGUGUGAUUUUUAUUGCCAAAAUAAUGAAAACUUCUUUUUGUAUCUAUAGUCAGUAUUAUUUCACUUUUUAAAGAAGAGUAUGCUAAAAUCUAUUGAGGAAUAAUUGUUUUGAAAUCUUUUGUGAUACAUUUUCAUGGUGUAUUCUAUAAAUCAUUUGUAAAUAUAUGAAUGUAGCACCUUUGUUUUUAUGCUUGUUUUUCAGCCAUCAGGUUGAGUGUGCCCAUUGUAAAGGGAAACAAUUUGUUUCUCUAAACUCAAUGCUGAAGAACACUUUUUUUCCCUCCUGUCAAAGACCAAUGUUGACCCAAGUUCCUGCCCUUAAAAUCAUUCAGCAGUUUUGCAGAUUUCAUCUCCUGAAACCCUCACCUGAAACUUCCCAGUCAAAAUAACAAAAUUUGUCUGUACAGUAUCUCAAAAUUUAAAGUUAACCCAAAUUAGAAAGCAAUACAGGCUUGACUUGUGAUUUAUAAUGAUAAAGAGCUAUGUGGCCCAGUGGAGUCACUGGUGACUUUCCUUCACCUCUCGUGAGUCUGAGUUAAGUUGCAUCUUUCCAAGGGUAGACCUGUAGACUGUCAGCCUCAGCAGUUGCUGCCGAUGUUUUUCCUGCUUUUACUCGCUGUUCAUUUCUGAAACCUGCCUUAUAGCCCAGCUGUGUUCAAACCUCAAAUGCCAAAUUUAAAUGAACGUAGUGAAGCCAAAGCGUUAACACUGUACAUAACAUUGCAAGUCUUAAUUUAAGUGGAGGUAUAUUUUUCUAGGAAUUCACUCGCAGUGCUUGGUACUCUUCUCUGUUAACAACUUGAUUUCAAACUUGCAAACGAAGACACAAUUUGUAUCUUUUCCCACCCAUGAUUGCUACAGCUGUUGAGGAUGUUUUAAAAGCUUACGUGUUGUGUUGUGUCAUAUGUUUCAUUCUAGUGUUGUACAUGCAUCAAUCAUACUUGUUUCCUUAAAUUAACUGAUCGUCACAAUAGCCGAUGUAUUCAUUUGAGCAUUGUUUUCAUGGGUAUCAAUCCCAUGAAGAUUGUAACAAAGUGUAGAAAAGAAACAACACUCCUGGGUUUAAAUUAUACUGCGAGGCAGCAUUACUGAACCUGUGUUGUGUUGCAGAAAUGCUCGUUUAAUUGAGGUUUUUUAUUAGAUGUUUCUCAGGUAUUGUAAAAAAAAUAUAAAAGGAUUUUCAUCCAUGUUGAUUUUUCAUUCGAAGCAUGUUUGAACCACUGGAACUUUGAAUAUUUAUCUUUAGUUUUCUCUUUACAUCCUGAAAAAAUUGACCUCACAUAAAUGUUGUACCUUAGCUUGUAAUCAAAGUCCAUGUCAAACUGCAUGACUUGUCACGUCCAAUGUAAAACCAUUCUGUUUAAUGAUCUGGAUGUGUUUGGAGUUUCCGUGUUUCAAACUCAAUAAAGUAAAGUGAAUGCCAACUUUGUGUGGAGGUAUUUUAUCGACGUUUGUAUGUCAUAAGAUUAUUAAGAUGGGACAUGAUAUUCGUGGUAAUAAACUUUUCUGUACACGAGGUCGACAUUGUGUUACACCAAUCAAAGGCCAGUACAUAAUUGAAAACCACCUCAAGAAAAACAUCUGAAAAUGAAAUUUGUGUGUGUGGUUAUUUUAUAUGUUUAACUGUAAUGGGGACCUUCAAACCUCUUUUAUCGAGACAUGGAUAAUCUGUUUAAUGAAAUAGACUGUGGGCCCUCUUUCUAUACAGGAUUAUAUGACAAUAAAAAUUGAAAAAAAAAGAAAAG